UUGAUAAAGCAACUCAUCCUAAAUACGUUGAAUUUAAAAUUGAGAGGGUCCAUGAAUGCAUUGGUGAUGUUUCUAAAGAAAUGAGAGCAAGUGUCAGGUCAACCACAGAUUCCUUGGAAGAAAUAAUAAAGUAUAUUGAACUUAACAAAGAAGUCAAGUUUUUAAAAGAAGCGCAAAGUUUUUAUAAAGAUCUCAUUACUUUCAACCAAACUGUAGCAACCUUCUGGGAAAAAGUAGAAGAUCUGCUACAAAAUUCCAGAGCUGAUUGUAGAGCAUAUUUUCUGAAGCAGCUGUCCUCAGAAUGUCUGGAUCUUCGUGAUAAAUAUUUUGAGAUACAUGAUAGUGUCAGUAAGAGUGCCAAGCUUGUAGUACAUGAAUGUGAAAAAAUGGCUAUAAAAAGUGAACAAGAUUUGGGAAGCGUUGGACCAAAUGCAAUAUCAGCGUUUGUUGGCAAUUUUUUUUCUAUGAUGGACUUGCCAACAACCUCUGAUAAGGAUCAAGAAUUCAAGAGCCUAAUGAGUGGUAUAGUGAAUGUGAGUGACAAAGCUUCGAAAUUACAGGGAGAUGGAAAGCGCUAUAGGCAGUUUCAGGAAUAUUUUGAAAAGAUAUAUCAAAUUCUCAGUCAUCUUCAGAAACCAAUUAAAUCUCUAAUGGAGAAAAUCCAAUGCCUUUCAGAGCGUUUAGAAAGCAGCGAGAUUUUGAUAACUGAAGCUAUGGCUCAGGUUCCAGAUCCUUCUGCUGAAGAUAUAAAGGAUAAAAUAAGUCAAAUGACUAGUGCUCUUAUGAGCUACAUACAAUGCAUUGAUUUAGAUUAAUGCAAACAAUUUUUGCUGUAAACUAUCUAUAAUAUGUAGCAUAAACUUAGUUCACAGGCAAUUAUAUUUAACUUGCUUCAUUAAAAAAAAAUUAUUAUUAAUUUUGUGUACAUGGUUGUAUUAUAUGUUAAUUAUGUAAACAUGUAUAUACUUUUAAACAUUGCAUGAUCUUUUGCUUUUAUGGCCUUAUGUGUAA